GAGAGAGGAGCGAGUGUGCAAGGGGGGAAGAGAGGGAUCGCUGGCCCCGGUGCAGAGGAGGCAGUAAUGUUCAUGCCUGUGUGUUUGCAAAGAGCAAAGGGAGAUGCUGACAGAUCCCUGAUAGAUGUGCAAGAUGGCGCAAGCCCAUUCCAGCCUCUCCAGCCACCAAUUGUCUUAGGCAGCGCUCGCACCAUGAGGAUCUAGGUUGGCUUCCAACCACCCCCACCCCUUUUUCCAUUUCGGUGCUUUGCGGAUAUUUUUUUGGGGGGGCUUGAAACCCGCUUUUGGGGGGGGCUGAUUCUCUCCCCCCCCCCUCCAGCUGGAUUUUCCACCCCCGAUCGCAGAGGAGGAGAAACACCAGCCGCACCAAAAGUGGUUCCAUGGCUUCCCCCGGCUCCCCUCUGCCGGCCGGCGUGUUCGGAUUCCUGCUGCUCGCCUUCGCGGGAGAUUUUGGUCAUUCCACCGAGCUGGCCUUCGCUGUGGAGCCCAGCGAUGACAUAGCAGUGCAGGAGCGGCCGCUGGUGCUGUACUGCCAGGUGGAGGGAAUCCCGCCCAUCACCAUUACGUGGCGGAAGAACGGGGCGAUGAUCGUGGAGAAUGAGAACACCUUCGUGCUGGCCAAUGGAUCGCUGUACGUCUCCCGCUUCCAGAAAGUCAGGGGGGAUGGGUCGUCUGAUGAAGGUGAAUACGACUGCAUGGCUCAAAACCGCUUUGGGCUGGUGGUCAGCCGCAAGGCGAAGAUUCAAGCAGCUACUAUGUCAGACUUCCAUAUUCAUCCUCAGAACGCAGUCGUGGAAGAAGGCGGUGUCGCAAGGUUCCAGUGCCAGAUCCAUGGUUUACCAGAGCCUGUAAUCUUGUGGCAAAAGAAUCGAGUCCCCAUCAACACGGACAAUGAUAGGUACACGCUGCUUCCCAAAGGAGUCUUGCAGAUUACCGGACUCAGAGCAGAAGACAGUGGGAUUUUUCACUGUGUGGCUACCAACAUAGCUAAUGUGAAAUUCAGCCGGGAGGCCAGACUCUCUGUGUCAGGCUCCCAUUCGACGGUUUACAAGGAUCCCAUGAUUCUUGUCGGCCCAGAGAACCUCACGCUGACUGUGCACCAGACAGCUAUCCUGGAAUGCAUUGCAACUGGGAAUCCCCGGCCCAUCGUGUCCUGGAGUCGACUAGAUGGCCGUCCCAUUGGCGUAGAAGGAAUUCAGGUGCUGGGGACAGGAAACCUAAUGAUUUCUGACCUCACUGUGCAGCAUUCUGGGAUAUACGUGUGUGCUGCUAACAAACCCGGCACCAGGGUGCGGAGAACUGCCCAGGGAAGGCUAGUCGUACAAGCCCCUGCGGAGUUCGUGCAACACCCUCAGUCAAUUUCCAGACCCGUAGGGACGACUGCGAUCUUCACCUGCCUGGCCCAGGGGGAGCCUUCCCCUCAGAUCACCUGGCUGAAGAACGGGCAGAUCCUAGAACCGACUGAUCACAUCAAACUGAAGAAUAACAACAGCACGCUCACAAUCUACGGGAUCAGUCAGGAGGAUGAAGCCAUCUACCAGUGCAUCGCUGAGAACAGCGCCGGCUCCACCCAAGCCAGUGCCCGCCUGACGGUGCUGUGGGCGGAUGGGUUGCCUGGCCCUCCACAGAAUGUGAAAGCCGAGACGGUCUCCGCAACCACUGUCCAGGUAUCCUGGAGCGAACCUCUGCAGAACACCAAGGAGAUCAUCGGUUAUGUGCUGCACAUAAGGAAAGCUGCAGACCCCGUGGAGAUGGAAUACCAGGAGGCUGUUAGCAAAAGCACCUUCCAGCAGCUAGUGACCGAUUUAGAGCCCUCGACCAGUUAUAGCUUCUAUAUAAAGGCUUAUACCUCCCGGGGUGCCAGCAAAGCCUCUGAAGUCAUGGUGGUGAGCACGCUGGGAGAAGUCCCAGCAAUUCCGUCCCUCUUUAUUAAAGUUCUUAACAGCACCACCAUCCAAGCGGUGUGGGAACCCUCCGUCAAACUGGGCCAGCAUGAAGGAUUCAAACUCUACUACCGUAAAGUUCACCUAUCCCACUUUACUGGCCCUAUGCUCCUGCCCAGCAACAUUACAUCUUAUAACAUUACUCACUUGGACCCAUCAGUGGUAUAUGAAGUAAAACUCCUGGCAUAUAACCAGCAUGGGGAUGGAAAUUCUACUGUCCGCUUUGUAUCCCUUCGAGAAACUGUUGAAAGAACAGUGUUGAAUCCCCCGUGUGACUGCAUGAAAGAUGAGCAAAAUAAUAAGACCUCCACCACGGGGAUCAUCAUUGGGAUCCACAUUGGAGUCACGUGCAUUAUAUUCUGUGUCCUGUUCCUCAUGUGUGGGUACAGAGGAAGACUGCUGAUGUGUAAAAACGUCCAGGAACAGCUGUCAACCCCCCAGAUCCCGAGGAGUCAGAGGAACACCACAGGCCUGGUUCUGAAUGGAGCCGCUCGGAGGGACAGGGAUGACCUGGACAUGAAUGGGAAGCAACUGGAGAUGAACGAACUGGAAAGGUUGUUUCUAGCAUUGCCUUCCCAGGAUCAACAGGAUAAGGGAAUAAUGCCAGAUCACGUCCCACCUGACUCACAUGAUGAGACUCAGAUAUCUACCCUUCCACUGGAUGAAUUCAGCAUUAUAGAAGAACAACUCGAUCCCCCAGCCAAAAGUCUGGCGCCUGAUGAUCAGGGUGGACCGCUACACAACUUUAGCCAGGAAGUCCCAGCUUUGAAACAUAGUCCCACCAAUGAAGGAUAAUUGCCAAGUCUCUAAGCCUCUUGUAGGACUCACCAAGAACCAUUUCCAUGUCUGGUGAUGUCUUUACAAUGAUUCGUCAAUCUCAGGUCAAUUUAAGAUUUCUACAG